AUGAACAGAGACUUGGAGUUGGCUAGAUAAGCUUAUAUGGGCAAGAAUGUGGAGAUGACUAAGCAGGCUCAUAAUUAUAAUCCUUCAGAACAAUUAUAUACUGAUAUAAAAGUGAAUGAGAAUGACCCAUUAAAAAAAUAAGGUAUUUUGAUAUUAUAGAACAUUCCAUAGAUUCUCAUACAGAAAAGCAUUCAACAGGGGGAAACUAUUUACGAAGUUCUGUUUUCGGUGGUAUGGAUGGGAUGAUGACAACAUUUUCUGUUGUUACUGCUGUUAUUGGAGUAAAUUAAUUUAUAAAAUAUAGGGUAAUUUUGGAGUACAAGCUGUUUUAGCCUUAGGAGUAGCCAAUAUGAUAGGAGAUGGAUUAUCAAUGGCUUUGGGGGAUUAUUUGUCUACAAAAUCAGAAUAAUAAUUUUUUAAGUAGGAGAGAGAAAGAGAAAAAUGGGAAGUGGAAAAUAAUUUGGAAGGAGAGAAAAAGGAGAUGGUUGAAUUAUAUAAAGUAUGAUGGAUAUUUAAAUAUAAGAAAAAAGGAAUGGAAUAAGAAGAUGCAGAAAAAAUAAUGAAUAUUANGUUAAAUCUAUUACAUUUAAUUACAUAUAUGUAAUCAAAAAUUACAUUAUUGAUUUUUUAUUACAUAUUUUAAAUUACAAUUUCAGAUGAUAUUAAUGGAUUAAUGAAUUCAUUAAAUUUAUGA